AACCACAAUAAGCAGGUCAUGAAAUUAGUCUUUGUCUCAGUGUGUGCCUCAGUGCUGCAGAAUGAUGUUGCACAUUGUGCUGCUUGCGGCAGCUUUCAGCAUUCUCACUUGUAAUAGCACACAUGGAGAAGAAAUCAUCAAUGGCCAAAAAGCCAAAAAGAACUCACUGCUGUACAUGGCAUCUGUACAGUAUAAAAGCAAUCAUGAAUGUGGAGGAUUUCUCAUAAACCCCAGCUAUGUGGUUUCUGCAGCACACUGUUAUUAUAAGAAUUACCAUAAAUUCCUUAGUGUGGUCCUUGGGAGUCACAACAUCAAUCCGACACGAAAUGAUCUGAGAAGAUACGAAGUGGAAAGCGUGCACGUCCACCCUUUUUACGAGGAACGACCCCUUAAUGGCUUUGACAUCAUGCUACUAAAGCUUUCAAAGGACGUCGUGAUGAAUGAAAAGGUGAAAAUUGCCAAAAUUCCAAACAAGCAGCAGCCAGUCAAGCCUAACAGCAAGUGCCAGGUUGCAGGAUGGGGAAAAACUAAAACUGUGGGUAACAAUGUGAAUGACCUCCGGGUGGCUGAUGUGUCAACUAUAAAUAUUGCAGUCUGCAAGGAGGAGUGGGCCAAAGUGUUUCCGCUCCCACCUGGCAUUCUUUGUGCAGGAGCCUAUAAAACAAAAAGUGGAGCAUGCCAGGGUGAUUCUGGUGGGCCUCUGAUCUGCAAAGGUGUGGCAGUGGGCAUUGUGUCAUUCAACUAUGAUAAAAAUUGCACCUAUCCAAAUUUUCCUAAUGUCUACACUGACAUUUCAGCUUACUCUGACUGGAUUAAGAACGUGAUCAAAAGAGAUGCUUAAGGUGUGUUUUAUAUGUGUCGAGUAACUUGAUAUCAUGUAAUGGCUCCAAAAUAUGUGAUUCUUAAAUAAAGACAUAGAGGCAGAACAAGAA